AUGGCUGAGGGGGAGGAGCCGGGGGCUGUUGCAGCCGAGCCGCGCAGUGCAGUGCUCAAGCCUUUUCACUUUGAGCGACAUGUGACCUACUACUCACGCAACAUGCAGAUGCUGCCGGGCUUUAUGGCAAGCUUGGACACAAAUCGAGCCACGCUCGUCUUCUUUUGCGUUUCGGGCCUCGACUUGAUUCACGCGCCUCUUCAAGCCGAGCAACGCCAGCACGUUAUUGAUUGGCUCUACAGCCUCCAGGUCAUCCCGUCGAGCUCGGAGGGAGUGGGUGGCUUUCGGGGCAGUUCGCACAUUGGCAAUCCUUUUUGCCCCGAUAAUGGAGGUAGCGCUCCUGUCUGCGCAUACGAUGGCGGGCAUUUGGCCAUGACGUAUACUGCCUUGGCCUUGCUCGGCGUACUCAAGGCUGAUCUCAGUCGUAUUCAACGGCCAGCCCUACUGCGCAUGCUCCGAGCCCAUCAGGUUGCUAGUGGCUCCUUUGUGAGCAAUCUCGGGGGAGGCGAGGAGGACAUGCGGUUUCUUUAUUGCGCUUGCACUGUCGCUACCAUGAUAAAAGGGUUGGAUCACGUGGAUGCAGCCAGUGCUACCGCCUUUGUGCAGCGCUGCAUCACCCAUGAAGGUGGUAUUGCACAGGAGCCAGGCCUCGAGGCCCACGCUGGCUCGACAUAUUGUGCGGUGGCCAGCCUCGCCAUGCUGGGAACUUUGGAUGAGGCCUUGGCAGACGGGCGGCGUGAGCGGCUGAUCGAAUGGCUGCUCCAGCGUCAGGAAACAGGCUUCAAUGGCCGACCCAACAAACUGGUGGACACGUGCUACAGCUUUUGGGUGGGAGGUAGCCUAGCCAUCCUGGGCGCCUUGCAGAUGGCUGACCAGGAGCAACUAUUUGCCUACUUGCACAGCACCGAGUCGGACAUGGGUGGCUUUGCCAAGCACCCCGGAGGCUACCCUGAUCCUUUGCAUGCCUACAUGGGUUUGGCUGGUGUGGCCCUGUGGGACACGGACCAGACCAAAGCUCUAAAUCCAUGUAUGUGCGACCAGCAGCUUGGCUCGGUACAAGAAUCUGAUGUUCUGGCGCUGGGCGCAUAG